AUGCUGCGUUCACAAUCCGCCGGAUUCUUGGCAUAUAUUCAUCUCGGCUCCAGGGCGAUCUCCCUGCUCUUCGAGCUCGGUAUUCUCGGCUUCCUCAUAUAUAUCAGCACCGCGAAGAACUAUACCGCUGGCCUCUAUUAUGCCGCUCACUGGCUGAUCGUCGCCGCCGACUGCCCCAAUUUCGUCCAGCCUUUGUCGUCCUCCUAG